CGGUGAGGUCAAGAAGAUGGCGCUCUGCAGCUAGUGAAGGGGACUUAAUAGUAGCCGGUCGUUCGCUUGAACAACAUGUUCAGAACAUCAUAUUGCAGACUGCAGGGAGUUUGGAAAUGCCUUCCGCACGAUGGUUUGGUUGGUGCCAUCGUGCAGCAGAAGCUCAUCACAAAUGCAUCCAGGAGUCACCUGAGUGCCAGAAGUCUGAUUCAGCUUUGCAAGAAGAAUCAAGCAGAAUGGAUGACGUUCCAACAUCUCUGCUUUCUGAAGAGACAGUAUGUGACACACAGCAGUGCUCUCUGUCAAAGAGCAAGAUCCAAGCAGGAGACUGUUACCCCUGUCUUGGAUGACCGAGAAGAUUCGGUGCUCAGGCAAGUUGAUCAACUCCCAAACAUCAAGUCUGACUCUGGUACCGAAGUGACAGCAUGUGACCCGCAGAACGUCCAGACUGAACCAGAGGCGGCCAGGGCGGCCCGCUUAGAGGCCAGACAGUGGAAAGAGCUGAAGGUCGAGUUCAGUGAUUUACCGGGGAUUUAUGCACGACUCUCCAAAAUUAAACUGACAGCUCUUGUGGUUACUACAGCUGCUGCUGGCUUUGCCAUGGCUCCAGUACCCUUUGACCCUGUCACUUUUAUUAUGGCUACUGUUGGAACAGGUCUCGCAUCCUGUACAGCCAAUUCCAUUAAUCAGUACUUUGAGGUGCCCUUCGACUCGAACAUGAACCGUACCAAAAACAGACCUCUGGUCAGAGGACAAAUUAGCCCACUUCACGCUGUCUCGUUCGCACUGGCGUGUGGGAUCCCAGGUUUGACCCUGUUGACCCUGGGUGUCAAUCCUUUGACCGGCUUCCUGGGUACUCUGAACAUCUUCCUGUACACGUGCUGCUACACACCCCUGAAACGCAUCAGCAUCACCAACACCUGGGUGGGCGCGGUGGUGGGCGCCAUCCCACCUGUAAUGGGCUGGACGGCAGCCACUGGCUCUCUCGAUCCAGGAGCUCUCUUGUUGGGAGCGUUCCUGUUCUCUUGGCAGUUUCCUCACUUUAACGCUCUGAGCUGGAACCUGAAGGAGGACUACUCGCGCGGCGGGUACCGAAUGAUGUCCGUCACCCAUCCCGCACUUUGUAAGCGCGUGGCCCUCCGCCACAGCAUGGGCCUGAUCGGGCUCUCGGCCUUGGGUCCUGUCCUGGACGUCACCACGUGGACCUUCCCCUUAGUCUCACUGCCCAUUAACCUUUACAUCAGCUACCUGGCCUUACGGUUCUAUCGCCAUGGUGACAGGCAGAAUGCCCGCAAGCUGUUUUUCUGUAGCCUUUGGCAUCUGCCCAUGCUGCUUCUGUUGGCACUCACCUGUAAGAAGAGCCGUGUGACACGGGACGAGGGAGAUGUUGUCGCGGGUGCAACAUCUUUGGCUGUGUAGAGCUAACACAAACACAUGUGUGGCCGUUGUUCAUCCCGACUUGAUGUCAGCCUCAAUAUCUUGGAGUUUAAAAAGGAUACCAAAAGUUAUGCAACUUGGAAAGGGAAAGACAAAAUAGAAAACAUGCAUAACGGACAUAAACUCAGUUCCUCCAUCAGGGAAGAAUACUGAUUCAUCUGUGAAUGAACAGCAGUCAUUUCAAAAUCAGAUUUAACUCAGGUACACAAAUCAAUAUUGUGUGUGUAAAUAUAUAUUUUAUUUAUUGGAUGUCUAUAAAACAUAUUGACACAAGCCAAUAUGAUUAGAGACAAUUAAUAUACAAAAAGAAUGCAAAUAGAAACAAAGGAAUGCUGGAACAAAGAACGUUAUUCGUUUGUCUAUUAACUUGGUAAAUUAGGACAUGUCAGAAUACUGAGAUGGUUAAAAUAAACCAAAAAAAAACAAUUUAAUAAAUAAAUUUGGUCCGCUUCUUAGCCAAGUCCUUAUUUUGCGUCCUUGUUUAAAACUUCAUCUGAGUUCAUUGAAUAAUGACUUUGAAGAAACCAUUUCCGAUAUUGCCGUAUUUCAGUGUAUCAAAACAUCGAACUCUGUUAGCUCAGUCAGAAUUUGUUGUUGUACCCAGAAUUUUGAUGUGUGAAAAAACAUAACACAGGAACGCGUUUGCUUAGACCGAAUAAUGCAGUGCUCCACGUGUUCAUUCUGCAUUCAGCACCUUCAAGGUUCACCCAAAUCUUGACCUUACUGUACAAAUGACUCGUAAGAAACUAAAGAAAAGAGUUCUUUUAAAUAAAAGUCUUGUGAUCA